AACAAAGGAUUAAGGCCAGUGAAGAAGCAAGGCGCCAGAGAGAGUUAAAGAAAUUUGGUAAAAAAGUUCAAAUUGAAAAAAUUCAAGAACGACAGAAAAAAAAGAAAGAAGAAUUGGAAAAAAUUAAAGUCAUGAAAAAAAGUGAUGGCGUCGAAGAUAAUGCCAUAGCUGAUGAUUUUGAAAUCGCUCUAGAGCAGGCUGCAGCUGAUGAUAGACCAAAAAAAGAGACAAAAAACCGGGAAAAAUGCAAAACGUAUCAUCUUGACUUAUCUAUACAAAAGGAUGCGAGAUAUGGAUUUGGUGGGAAAAAACGCUAUGCUAAAUCAAAUACGGCUGCUUCUUCCGCCGAUAUAUCUCAAUUUGAUUCGAAGAAAAAUAAAGGGUUUGGUGGUCGGAAG